CAUAAUAUAUCUUGGGGAUGAAAUCGUGGCAGACCAGUGAUAUUAAUAAACUCUCACUUCAAUCGAUUGAACAGCGCGUGCGAGCCUUUAUGAGUGGGACAAAACAAGCUCAUGAAGAAGCUAAAGCUUCACACUAGGAAUAGGAGCCUAGAGUCACAGAGGCUGAAGUCCUGCCUACUAUGUGCUAGCUGCACCAAUCCCAGACUCCCCUAGUGACUCACCGAUUUUCCGUGGCGAGGUUAAAAUGUUCGACGCACGCACUCGGAUUCACCGUCCAAGUGACAGCAAGCCGUACGGCAAAUUUAACCAAGACAGCUGCGCUUGCGCACUUCACUUUGACAACGUCCGCUCGCACGAUCGCGGGGUUCUAUGUAAAGCUCAGGAAACUGGCUUAGGAUUUGGCACCGAACAUGCCACCAAGCGCACAAAAUACCGUGGAAAGGACGCGACAGACGAAAGUCGUUUUACCGGGAUCACUCUACUGCCACUACGAAGCGUACGGCCUGAGCUUCAUUGGACAAGACCCCCGCAGAUGCGUCCGUACCUCCGUGGUUCCGAGAAAAAAAAAACUCAGGAAGGAUGGUAUGAAGUUAAUCCUAGUACGCGUGAAUUCUGGUUGGGCUCGGGUGUAUGCAUACAUAUUCAUAUUUGGGAAAACAGCAUGGUAGAGCAAAGUGAUUGCAAAGACAAAAGGAUAUGUACCCAAAAUAAAAGGGCUGCCGUCGCGGGAGAAAUAAGUAGCAACGGAGCUCAAUUAAGUAAAGGAAUCGUUCUCUUGCAUGGGAGUCUUCGGACCCCCGGUUGGGAGAGGAACAGGGAUCCUUCUGUCUUCGCAUGCGUGAAGAUACGAAAAGAAACAAUGCAAGAAAAUUGAAGAGGAUUGGAAGAAAAAGUACAAUGAUCAACGGUAGGACCAGUGAUAACUUAUUACACACUCAUCUGCCACUGGCGCGUUCAACGUUCAAACUACAUAACCCCUUCAAAUGACCAGGGGAGGGGGGAUUGAAGGGUACAGCACUAAGCAUUGGACAGUGCAGGAUGACGAUGAUAUGCGUAAACAAGAAGUCGAACAAGAAGCACGGACUAACCUGAGUUAU